AUGAAGAAAGUCAACUUUGUGUCUGCUGAAGAGAUGGAACCAGUCCAAGAAGGGGAGGAUACACAAUUUGCUGAGGUAUGCUACAUGAGCAAUGGGCAAGGAGGUUACAACAAAGGAUACUAUAAUUACAAGUCCAACCCUGCCAUGUCAUACCGCAACACUGAUGUUGCUAACCCUCAGGACCAAGUCUAUCCUCAACAACAAGCAAGCUCGAUCGAGUCAAGUGCCACAACAUGGGUAUGGUCAAAAGAACAAUUACCAAGGACCACAAGGCACUUUCCUGGACAACAAAUGAAUAUCCCACCAGGCUUUCCCCACCAACCGCCCCAGCCUGCACCUUCACAAGAGAAUGAGCUCAAGGCAAUGCUAAAGCAACUACUUCAAGGGCAAGCUGAUGGGGUAGUGGACACAAGCAAGAAGCUAGCUGAAAUAAACUCUAAGAUCGAGAACCUCAACACAAGGGUUUACUCUCUGGAGAAUCAUGCUUCUUCUGUUGCUGCUGCUACAAAGCAAGGACAACUACCUGGUAAAGCUAUUCAGAACCCCAAGGAACAGUGCAAGGUCAUCUUCACUCAAGAAGGACUUGUUGAAGAAGAGGAUCAAGAAAGAGAAGUGCAUGCACCUACUGUGGCCAUUCACACUUCACCAGUUGAGCUCGCACAACAAGCUCGAUCGGCAGCUCGAUCGAGUCCAACUCUAGCUCGAUCGAGUCCGACCUCAUCUGUCCCAAACCGAUUUUGCUUGAUCCUUACCAACCGGUUGCCCUUCCUCAUCUCGCCUACUUAG